AUGUUUAAGGAAGACCGAAAGCACGUCAAAGACGAGCACCGCGUUUUGGACUGUGAGAGGCGUUUAAGCCCAGACCUAGCACCAGCUGACUUUUUCUUGUUUCCGCGAAUAAAAAGGGUUCUCAAAGGAGAUCGGUUUGGCUCUAUCGAGGCAGUUCAAGCGGCGACGACAAAGACUCUCAACAGUAUUCCGGAAACCGACUUCCAGCGGUCUUUUGACGGUUGGCAGCAAUUUAUGGAUGAAGGAAAAAUGUAUUUUGAAGAUUAUUAA